AUGUCGAAAAGCAGUGAUCAAAUUGUACUGGAAAGACGACUCAAACCCAUUUAUGAUGCAGUGGAUGCUGGCAACAAUAAAAAAGCGAUUCAGGAAGCGGACAAAGUGCUCAAAAAACAUCCAAACACUCAUUGCGCAAAGGUUUUGAAAGCACUGGCACUGAUUCGAGCUGAACGAGUUAGUGAAGCUUGGCCAUUGAUCACGGAAGUAGAAUCAUUGGAUGAGGAUUUUGAUGAAAAUACACUUCAGGCGCUAGGCCAUUGCUUUAAGGUAAAUUUUUUCAUCCAGUACAUCUUUUGCGGUAAAUCACACAUAGCUGGUCCAUCAGCUUGCAUUUCACUGUAUCAGUGUAGUGAAAAUCAAGAACAUGUUGUUUGUUGA